AUGUUUGUUAAACUCCUGAAGUUGGCAGACGACACAACGGUCAUCGGCCUCAUCAGGGACGGUGAUGAGUCUGCGUACAGACGGGAGGUGAAACAGCUGGCCUUUUGGUGUAGUGAGAACCACCUGAAGCUGAACAAGCUCAAAACUGUGGAGAUGAUAUGGGCCUCCAACAUUGAUACCAUCACCAAAAAGGCCCAGCAGAGUAUGCACUUCCUGGACCAGAUCAGGAAAUUCAACCUGCCUCAGGAGCUGUUGAUCCAGUUCUACACUGCUAUCAUCCAGGCUGUUCUCUGCGCGCGCAUGCAUCGCUUUCUGCUUUGGAUCGGCCACCAAACAGGAAUUGAUUGGUCAGAGGGCGGUGCUUUUAUACUGGUUGAUCGUUCAUCUCCAAUUCAACCGGCUCAAGGGCAGUUGGCAGACGACACAACGGUCAUCGGCCUCAUCAGGGACGGUGAUGAGUCUGCGUACAGACGGGAGGUGAAACAGCUGGCCUUUUGGUGUAGUGAGAACCACCUGAAGCUGAACAAGCUCAAAACUGUGGAGAUGAUGAUAGUGGAGCCCGUCAACACUGCUGCCAGUCACUAUACUCAACAGCACAAUGUGACUGCUGUGGAGACCUUCCGAUUUUUGGGAUCCACAAUCUCCCACGACCUAAAGUGGGCCUCCAACAUUGAUACCAUCACCAAAAAGGCCCAGCAGAGUAUGCACUUCCUGGACCAGAUCAGGAAAUUCAACCUGCCUCAGGAGCUGUUGAUCCAGUUCUACACUGCUAUCAUCCAAGCUGUUCUCUGCGCAUGCAUCGCUUUCUGCUUUGGAUCGGCCACCAAACAGUUUAGUGGAAUACCCCUGAUGGCUUCAGACCAGAGACCACUGGCAGACCUGCUGCGGGAUGUGGCUAACCAGCUUGAGAACUCGCCGGGUACCAGUAGCAUGCUUACUGCAUCCACACCAUCCAGGAAUGUGACACCAAGGCACCCAGUGGACGCCGAGGUGUCAAGACUCUUUGCUCCAUACUCCCAUGGCGAGAGAAGCUCCACAAGGCGGCGACCCCUUGGUGUGCCCACACUCUCCUCUUUCACCCGUACCUUUUGCUGUCUCGAGGAUAAGAGUGGUAACAUUGUCCCCAGCCGAUUCACAAAAGAAAAACUUGCUUCUGCAGGGUUAGGGGAAAAACGUUUGACGUUUCAAGGUAGUCAAACAAAUCCCAAUGAUUUUAGGGAGUUUAUUUUAACAGCCUAUCCAAAACUCCGACAAGGGGGUGGAUUUGAGUUGCUCAGGAUUGCAGGAACAACAAGGAGUCGCAAUCUGAACCUCAUCCCUUGUCCCAAUGAGGGCUACAAUGUUAAAUAUUUAAAAGAUACACAAAUUGGUCAUGCAGUUCUUUUCAUUCGACCACUCCAAAGGAGCCUGGAUCUCGAGGCUGCAUGUCAACCAGAAAGCAUGGUUGGACCACCUGCUAAAUGCAUUUCUUGUGGAGAGGAGUUUUCUUUUUCAGAAAUAAAAGAUCACAGUGAUGAAUGCAUGAGACCACCACAGAGCAGUGGUGAGGGAGAGGUAGGCACAGAAAGGGCCAGCUCCUCCCGAAGUCAAGAUAUUUUUGUGCGUACAUUGAGGAGACGAGAGGAGAGUGAGCCGGCGAGGGCCAGCAGCUCAACCUGUACCAUGCCACCUCAGGGAGAUGUGCCUGCCCCAGAGCUAAUUGAUCUGGAUCCCUUUGGGGAGAGAAGCAUCUCUGAUUGGAAAAUUGCCACCAAUGCCAAAGAAGCAGCAAGGGCAUAUAAAGAAGCCAUUUUGAGCCAGCAUGCUUCUAGGAAAGCACUGAGUCUCAUUAUGGAUCUUGGGGACAGUGCAGAGGACAGGGAAAGGGCAAUCCUUUCAUUUUAUAAGAUGGCUCAUGUUGAGUGGGCCUGCCCCUUGACAUGCACUCUUAUUGGAGAUCCAGCAAUUGGCGAUGGUGUGACUCGCCAUUUCUUCUCAACCAUCAUGCACAAACUUCAGAAUGGUUUUGAGAUUAAUUUCGUGCCAGGGGGAACUCUGCUUUUUGAGGGUGAAAAGGAUCAUCUGCUACCCUCCACUUCCCUUGUCCUUUUGGAGAGUGAUUUAUUUGUUGUUGCUGGAAGAAUGAUUGGGCAUUCAUUUCUUCAUGAUGGGCCAUGCCUGAGUGGACUGAGCCCAGCGAUCCUGCAUGUGCUCUUUGGUGGAUCCCCAGAAGAAGCAACAAUCGAUAUUAAGGACUGUGCUGACCUUGACAUCCGAGAGACAAUCAAAGUGCUGGAUGGCAGAGAAGAGUUAUCUUCAGAACAAAAGAUCAGUAUCAAUGAGUUGGCACUGUCCUGGGAUUUGCCUCCGGUCACAAGUGAGAACAGGAGAUGGCUUCUUGACAAGAUGUUACUUCAUGCUGUCCUACGAAGAACCUCAAAACAAGUGAAGCAAUUACGAAAGGGGUUAAAAGAGACACUGGUGUGGCCUUUGCUGAAUGACAGGAAAGACACAAUUCCUCUCGUCUUUCCAAGAGCAUCAGAAUUAGAGUACACACCACGGUCCUCCACCUGCUUCCACCUGCUGAAACUUCCACAUCAUUACAAGGAGUAUUUUAAUUUUGAAAGAGACAUUGUUGCUGCGAUUUGUAGCACAGACACUGGGUUUGGUAUGGUCUAG